AUGGUGGGGGAUGAGAAAUCACGAAUUGCAGAUUCGCAGAAGGCGGAUGGAGACGAAACGAGAGAUUUCCUUCGGGAGAUUCUGGUGGAGCUAAAAGGUGUUGCGGCCUUGUUGAAAAGACGCGGCGAUGAAGAGGCAGGGAAUGAAGGAGAAGCUGGAGAAGGAGAGAGCGUGAAAUGUGACGUGAAGGGUAAGGGGCCAGCUCAAAAUCUAUCUGAGGUCCCCUCAGACAAGCUUGAUCAAUCUUCUAAAAGUGCAGAGCUGAUCCAAGAUCAAUUGAAGCGUCCAUUCGACCAAGCUGUGAAAGUGAGGACGCUACUCUUACUCCCUUCAUUCAUGUUUCAAGAACUAUGGAUGAUGCCAAUGCCAAAAGGCCCAGAACAAGCACGGCUCUAUGUCAAAGAACUGCGUACGGCGAUUGACUCCAAGUCUUCAAUAGCCAGAAACAUGACUAUCGUGGAUCAUUUUGAUGACGAGACUAGGCAGAUGUACUUUGUUAAUCCUUGUAAUGACGAGGCUAGUCAGAUGAUAUUAGAUCCGGAUGAGACGCCAAAAGAUCUGGAUGACAUAGCCGUGGUCGAGUCCCCAUCCUCGACAGGAAUUCCAGAAGAAAGAUACCAGACAUUAGGCAAUUAG